AUGCCCGCUCACGACGCCGAGGCGCUGGCAGCGCAGGGGGCCGCGCUGGAGCUCUGCGAGGAGCGGGCGGCGGACCGCGAGGGGCGCGGCCAGGCCGAGCAGCUCGCCGCGCAGAGCCGGCGGCUGGAGCAGCUGCGGCGGGUCGAGGCGGUGGGCGCAUCGCUGGGCGCCGUCGAGGAGGCGCUGAGGGCCAGCGUCGCUGGCUGGGCGCUCGUGCGGGCCCAGCUGCGGCAGCGGCGGGCCGCGGCGGCCAGGGCCUCGCCGGGCCGGGGGGCGCCCGCGGCGGCCGGCGCCGGCGGGGCCGAGGAGGUCCCCAAGAAGGAGGAGCAGGCGACGUUCGACCUGGCGCGGUACACGGACCCCGCGAGCCUCUUCGACGCGCUCGCGUUCACCGUGGAUGACCUGCACCCCGUGCGCUUGGUCCGCAUGACGUGGCUGCUGCAGCAGCGCGGCGCGGUCCUGAAGAGGCGCCAGGAGCUGCCGGAGGAGGCCUUCGUGUCCGCGGACGAGUUGCGGGCCGUCUGGGAGGCCGGCGGGCGAGGAGGGAAAGACCAGGUGGCGCCGAUCAUCGCCAUCUCGUUCUGCUGGGACUCGCGCGAACACCCCGACCCCAAGGGGUUGCAGCUGAACUUGGUGAUAGACACCCUACAGAUGGAGCGCCUCAAGUACUCCACAGCCAAAGGUGACUUCAAGGGGUUCGGCGAGAUGGGGAUUUUUUGGGACUGGCCCUCGCUGCUGCAGGGCGACCCCGUCAAGGCCGAUGAGGCGAAGGCCGCCGCCCUGCGGCAGGGCAAGAGCGAGAAGGACGCGCAGGAGACCGCGGACAAAGCCAAGCGGACCCCCGCCGAGAAAGCCGCCUUCAAGCACGGGCUGGAGGAGACGAUGGACCUCUGGUACGCCCACCAGGCCACCACCGUCUUCCUGCUCACCCAACACCCCCGCGAGCGGGACAGCGCGCGCGAGUACAGCUACGACCAGUCCGGCUGGACGACGUACGAGCGCUGCUCCGCGGAGCAGAUCAAGCAGGUUUGGCGUCGGCAGGCGAAGUGGCACGCCGUCGCCGACCUGGGGCAGGGGGCGGGGGGGCAGGCAGCCGGGAGGCGGUGGCCGGUGGGCCCGGACGAGUUCGACCGGCUCAUCAAGGACAGGCAUUUCACCAACGGCGCGGACCGGGAGGCGGUGAAGGCGCUCUUCCGCCGCAUGAGCCUUGCGCAGCUGGGCGGUGUGACGACGCUGGACUUCGAAGGGAUGCUGCCCCCGACCCCCGAGGAGGCCGCGGGGCUCGCCGGCUGCCUGCGGCUGUGCCACCGCCUGGAGACACUGGACCUGCAGAUGUGCGAGAUCGGCGCCGCGGGCGCGAAGGCCCUGGCGGGGGCGUUGCCCUCCAUGACCGGCCUGACCGAGCUAGACUUGACCAGCAACAAGAUCGGCACCGGGGGCGCGAAGGCCCUAGCGGGGGCGCUGCCCUCCCUUGCUGGCCUGACAGUGCUGUGGCUGAACGGUAACAGCAUCGGCGCCGAGGGCGCGCAGGCGGUGCAGGCCGCCUGGGGAGACCGGGAUCGCAAGAAAUUGCUCUUCUGAGCCGGGGCGCUCCCACAGGGGUGCCAGGGAGAAGCAGGAAGGCGCGCGGCAGGGAGAGCGAUCAACAUGCGAGCGUCGCUUUGGGAUGCCGUGGCGAGACGCACACACAUAAUUGCGGCCUUUCACCGCGUGUGUUCAGGGUUUGCGCACGAGCCUGCAGACAUGUCGCGCCCCCAACCAAAGAAAACCGCUCGCGCGUGAAGGGGCCGUCACUGUCGCCCCCCGCCGCGCGGCCCGGGGACCCCCGUCUCGUCCCCCUGAGACGGGGGCGCGGUGCCGCGCGAGGAACAGCGUAGUGUCUUUAGUCCGCGCUGACCGUGGA